UACCUGCGCGAGGUCCUGACUGCCAAGGUUUAUGAUGUGGCGGUGACCACGCCACUGACCAAGGCGGUUAGGCUGAGUGAGAAGCUGGGCAGCACCAUCCUGCUAAAGAGAGAAGACUUGCAGCCCAUCAAGUCCUUCCAGCUGCGCGGCGCCUAUAACAGGAUGGCACGCUGGCCACUACAGCUGCUGCUGGAGCAUGGUGUUGUCACCGCGUCUGCCGGCAACCACGCCCAAGGUAUCGCCUUGGCAGCAAGGCAUCUGGGCUGCCAAGCUCUUGUGUGCAUGCCAGAGAUGGCUCCCUAUGUCAAGGUGCGGGCAGUGCAGGCCCUGGGCGGCAUGGUGGAGCUGGUGGGGGAGAGCUUUCAGGAGGCACAGGAGCACGCACAGGUGCGCGAGCUGACAACAACAGGGCAAACACUGAUUGCCCCGUAUGAAGAUCCGGCCACGAUCGCCGGCCACGGCACAAUAGGCUAUGAAAUACUGCGGCAGACCAACAUGGACAAACUAGAUGCCAUCUUUGUGGCUGUGGGUGGUGGCGGCUUGGCGGCAGGUAUUGCAGCUUACGUCAAGGCUCUCAGGCCGCACAUUGCAGUCAUCGGUGUGGAGCCCACUGGCUCAAAUGCCAUGGCGCAAUCACUGGCCCGGGGAGAGCGUGUGGCACUGACCCACGUCGACGCUUUUGCAGAUGGUGUGGCGCUCAAGCAUGUGGGUGCAGAGACCUUUCGGCUAUGUCUCGAGCUGUUAGACGGCGUCGUGCUGGUCGACAACGCCGCCACAUCAGCCGCCAUCAGGGACGUGUUCGACGAGACUCGAUCCAUCCUGGAGCCUGCAGGCGCUGUGGCAGUGGCGGGCGCCAAGGCCUUUUUGCGGCACUAUGGCCUUUGCCACCAGACGGUGGUGGCGGUGACCAGCGGCGGCAACAUGAACUUCGACGAUAUAAGUUUGGUGGCAGAGCUGGCUGGCACGGGC